AUGGAGAAUCCCGCCUCGACGCCCAAAGUCGUUCCCGACGUCAGCUUUUUGGCCGAGCUAAUCAGCUCCGAUUCGAGAGCCCUGCUCGACACCAUCGACGGUCUCAAAAAGAUCCAGGUUGGUGAUGAUAAGGUCAACCUACCCAAAGUAAUCGUUGUUGGCAACCGGUCGUCAGGCAAGAGCUCCGUUCUCGAGGCCAUUACCGGCAUCCAAUUUCCUAUCGACCGCGCCCUGUGCACUCGCUUCGCUACUGAGCUCAUUCUUCGUCGAGCGGACGAGAUAGCCGUCAACGUCAGCAUUCAGUAUGCGGAGCGUCCGCCAUCAGGGGCGCAAGGCGGCGGCGGUGCACGCGAGCCAUUCCAUAAGGCUACAUUCGACGAAGAUGCACUCCCCAACAUCAUCAGAGAAGCGAAGGAGAGAAUGGGCAUCUGCGACAACGGAACCCAGAAGUUCUCCAGGGAUGUUCUGCUUAUCGAAGUUGCCAGACCUGACGUUUAUCCACUCACUCUCGUCGACCUCCCGGGGAUCUCCCACAGCACAGCGGCGGACCAGAGUCUGGAAGACCAAUCGAUUGUCAACCAGCUUAUCGAGAGCUACAUGAAGAAACCCAACUGCAUCAUUUUAGCUGUCGUGGCUGCAAAUGAUCAUCUGGUGGACCAAAAGGUCCUGCAAGAAGCCAGGAAGCACGACCCGAAGUGGGAGCGUACCAUCGGAGUCAUCACCAAGCCCGAUCUGCCCUGCUCCCACGAGCGAGAGUACCUUGACCUUGCAAACGGGCGGAACAACAUGCACAGCGGUACCCUCGGUUGGCACGUGUUGCGGAAUAUGUCCGGACAAGAACGAUCCUCAGGAGAUGAGGAUCGAGACACAAUUGAAGAGCGCUUCUUCAAGAGUGGGACCUGGAGCUCUAUCAACCCAGCCAACAGAGGUGUCAAGAGCUUGCGCAGAACCCUCAGCAAGGCAAUUCUUGGUCAAAUCAAGACGUGUCUGCCAAAGCUCAUUCAAGACAUUAAAAACAAGCUGAAGAUCCGCCAGGAAGAUCUCGCCCGGCUGGGAAAAGCAAGAUCCGGCACGGAGGAGCAGCGGUCCUAUCUUCUCGGAAUCGCCGACGAGUAUCAGCGGUUAGCUCGCGAUGCCAUUGAGGGACGGUACCGAGCCAACCCGGGUUUCUUCGGAGGCAUUGGUCAGACCGCAACAAAACUACGCGCCGAGUUACGAAACAGAAACCGAGCGUUCCAUGUCAUCAUGGAAACCAACGGCGGACGGUUCAGGAUUCUGCGGGAGGGGGGAGAUUAUGCCAGUACCGAAUUGGCCGAGCCCAAUGACGAGCUCCCCGGGCAUCUACGGCAGCUCAUCAAAGAAUACAGUAUACGGGAUCCCGAGCCGAAAGACGAGUCGACCCUCAAAGCGGAUCUGCAAUCGCAAGCAUGUUUCAGCCGAGGAGGAGAACUCCCCGGAGAGGCCGUCGAGGAACUCGCUCUGCAACUGUUCAGAGAGCAGAUCGAGCCGUGGCACGACAUUACCUGGAUGCACCUCAGGGAAACCCUGAAGGUCGUCCAAGCGUUCGUACACCGGGCCUUCAUUCACGUUAUCGGGGCGGAUGAGCAGGUUGAAGAAGCCAUUCUUACCCGCUAUGUAGACCCAUUUUUCGACAAGAAAGAGGAGGAUCUGAGGUGCAAACUGGAGGAGCUUCUCCUUCCUUAUAGCAGUGGGUAUGGGCCUCUGCUCGAGGCGGAAUUUAUCCUCGGAAUGCGUAGCAUGGCCGAACGCCGCCGACUCCAGCAUGAUCGCCCCAAGCGGUUGCAACAGCAGAGCUGUGGGGUUGAGUUUAGUCAGGGUGAAUGUCUCAGUGAGGACAGGCCUCUCGCCUUUCGUGAUUUGGAAGAUCCAGAAAGAAAUGAGUGCUGCACUGAGAAGGCAAUUGACUGGAUGACCGUGUACUACGAGAUGUCGCUCAGAACCUUCACCGACAAUAUCAUCAACCUAGCAGUGGAGGGCUGCCUUGUCCGCGAUAUCCCAACAAUUCUGACCCCGAGAGAUGUUUGCGGAAUGGCACCCGAGACGCUGGAGGCGUUGGCUUCGGAAUCGCAGGAAUCCCGAAGCCAGAGGCAGUGGCUCGAACGAGAGGUUAGGAUCCUGCAAGAGGGACUUCGCGAAUGCCAGAGACACGAGAGGAGAAGCCUUCCAAGUUAG